GAAUUCAGAGGUUGAUAAAGAAAUUGAUUUAGAAAUAAUGGAUAUGGAUUAUAAUGGGGAUGUGGGUUUUCUUGACCCUGAAUUGUUACAACUGAAUGAAGUGUCUCCUUUGGCUAUUAAGUCAAAUCCUUAUGUUGCCGAGAAGCUGUUCGAGCAAUGGCUUUCGCUUCCCGAAAGCACUCUUUUGGUGAAAUCUUUGUUUAACAAUGCUAAAGCGGGUGUUCCAUUGAAUGUCUCCGGAUCAGUUUCCAGCCCAAAGGCUUCUUCCAGCAAUUCRGCACCUUCCAUGUUUCCUGCUGGUAGCGCGCCUCCACUUUCGCCAAGAAGUUCAUCUGGUUCUCCACGUAUCACAAAACAAAGGGCAGSCCCAUCUGUUMUAGGUUCUCCUUUAAAAGUGYUGAGUGAGCCAGUGAAAGAGUUAAUACCUCAKUUUUACUUUCAGAAUGGUCRUCCACCCCCUAAUGAACUAAAAGAACGAUGCUUGUUUAGAAGUAACCAGUUUUUCUAUGGUCAUGCGGAUGGACUACAAUUGCAUGAAUUCAAGCCACUUACGAAGGAAAUUUGCAAACUGCCAUCGUUCUUCUCCACUGCGCUUUUUAAAAAGAUAGAUGUUGACGGCACUGGCAUUGUGACCAGGGAAGCGUUUGUUGAUUACUGGGUCAAUGGGAAUAUGUUAAUAAAAGAUACUGCCACCCAGAUAUAUACCAUAUUGAAGCAGCCUGAUUUGAGAUAUCUAACUCAGGAGGACUUCAAACCCAUACUCCGUGAACUAUUGACAACUCAUCCAGGUUUGGAGUUCUUACAGAGCACACCCGAAUUUCAGGAGCGAUAUGCUGAAACAGUAAUAUACAGAAUUUUUUACUACGUGAAUAGAGCGGGUGAUGCUCACCUUACCCUCAGGGAGCUGAAACGUGGAAAUUUAAUUGCUGCAAUGCAGCAUGCAGAUGAAGAAGAGGAUAUAAACAAAGUUUUAAGAUAUUUCUCUUAUGAGCACUUCUACGUAAUUUAUUGCAAGUUUUGGGAGCUGGACACAGAUCAUGAUUUUUUGAUUGAUAAAGAGAACCUUAUACGAUAUGGUAAUCAUGCAUUGACAUACAGAAUUGUUGACAGAAUAUUUUCCCAGGUACCAAGAAAGUUCACCAGUAAUGUUGAAGGGAAAAUGGGAUAUGAAGAUUUUGUUUAUUUCAUUUUGUCUGAAGAGGAUAAAUCAUCAGAGCCUAGUCUGGAGUACUGGUUCAAAUGCAUAGAUUUGGAUGGAAACGGUGUUAUUACAAAGAAUGAGAUGCAAUUCUUUUAUGAGGAACAGUUGCAUCGGAUGGAAUGCAUGGCCCAAGAACCUGUUCUUUUCGAGGACAUAUUGUGUCAGAUCGUUGACAUGAUUGGGCCAAAGGAUGAGGGGUAUUUUACCCUACGUGACAUGAAAGGAAGCAAACUUGCUGGCAGUGUUUUCAAUAUCCUUUUUAACCUUAACAAGUUCAUGGCUUUCGAAACUCGUGAUCCUUUUCUCAUUCGUCAGGAGCGUGAGAAUCCAACUUUGACAGAAUGGGACCGGUUUGCACAUCGGGAGUAUAUUAGGCUCUCAAUGGAGGAAGAUGCUGAGGAUGCCUCCAAUGGUAGCGCAGAUGUGUGGGAUGAAUCUCUUGAGGCCCCCUUCUGAGCUAUAUAUAGUCUGGAAAGCUGCACUUUAAGGAGAAAUUGAAGAAUUCUUGAAUUGAAGUCUGUGGGCAAAACAGAAGGCUGUAAAGUUUGUGGGAUUUGUCACCAAGUAUGGUCAACAUCUUCUACUGGUGGUGAGAGCAGAAAGUAAGUUCAAUUUUCCAGCCAAGAAAAAAAAGGGUUCCAAGUUGCAUUUGCAUGGAAGAAGUUACUCUCUCAGGUGCUUUAAUUGGAAGCAUAUAGUGUUUUGGCAACUUGUGUUUUUCUUUUUCUUUUUGUAUUUCACUUCUACCAAUAGAUGUUAUGCCUCUCUUCUUCUUCUUUUGUUACAAUCUGUGCAUCAGGCAUUUUCUGAAUCUGGUCUAGUCAGGUUGUUGUUCAAAUUCUAAUAUUUAAUUUCUUCAGUUUCCUUCCCUUUGAAACACUUGUGAUUUUUCUCCUGGGACUGGAUUAGUGUUUGUAUUUAAUAUAUAUGUUGUUACACUUUAA